AUGCCCAUGUACCUGUUCCCCGCGGAGGAGCGAGUGGGCGCCUGGGGGGAUGGAGGAAAGAGGAGCGAGUGGGUGCGUGGAGGGACAGAGGGAAGGCGAGUGAAUGGCUGGGUUGGGCUCUUCCGGUUACUCCUUACCUACCACCCCUCUCCUCUGCUGCUGUCAGUGUUCAUGCCCACUUACCCGUGUCCGGCAGAGGAGCGAGUGGGCGCCUGGGGGAAAGUGGGUGUACCUGCUGCCAUGCCAAUUAACCCCCUCCCUCCCUCCCUCCCUCCCUCCCUCCCUCCCUCCCUCCCUCCCUCCCUCCCUCCCUCCCUCCCUCCCUCCCUCCCUCCCUCCAUCCCUCCUUCCCUCCCUCCCUCCCUCCCUCCCUCCCUCCCUCCCUCCCUCCCUCCCUCCCUCCCUCCCUCCCUCCCCCCCCCUCCCUCCCUCCCUCCCUCCCUCCCUCCCUCCCUCCCUCCCUCCCUCCCUCCCUCCCUCCCUCCCUCCCUCCCUCCCUCCCUCCCCCCCUCCCCCCCUCCCUCCCUCCCUCCCUCCCUCCCUCCCUCCCUCCCUCCCUCCCUCCCUCCCUCCCUCCCUCCCUCCCUCCCUCCCUCCCUCCCUCCCUCCCUCCCCCCCUCCCCCCCUCCCUCCCUCCCUCCCUCCCUCCCUCCCUCCCUCCCUCCCUCCCUCCCUCCCUCCCUCCCUCCCUCCCUCACUCCCUCCCUCCUCUCCUCUCCUCUCCCCUCCCCUCCCCUGGUCCCUUCCUCGCUUACUAUCCACGGCAGUCUGUAUGCGAUGCAUGCUGCCAAAUGUCCCAUUCCCUCUCUCCCGCAUCUCUCCUCGCUCCCCUGCCUGCCUCUCCCUCACCUUACUAUCCACUGCAAUAUGUAUGCAUGCUGCCAUCUAACCCUCGCCCUCUCUUUCCUCUUUCCCCCUCCGCUGCCUUCCCCCCAUCUACCCCCCGCUCUCUCCCCUCCUUCCUCCACCUCCCCCCACCUUCUUCCCUUGCCCCCAUCCCACCUUGCCCUCCACCGCAAUAGUGUGGGGGCUUACCCCAAGCCCAACCCGCUGUGCUACCCGUGCAUCAAGGUGGCCUUUAUACAUGAAGACCUGGUGGUGCCUCCCCUCAGCCUCGACUGUGCGGGUGUGCUGCGGCGGUCUCAGGUUUCGGACUAUGUUGCACAGUGGUUGCCGGGAGGAGGAGGGGGAUGGAAAGGGGGAGGGGAAGGGGAAGGGGGAGAGGGAGUGGAAGUAAUAUGCAAGUACACAUCCACCAGCCACAAGUGA